GUAAGAGGUGGUUUCUUUCAAGUAACGCAGUUUGCAGAAAUCAGUUUUCCAAGCUUUUGUAUUUACAAGUUUCAUUCUCUUUCUAAAACCAUUACCCAGACAAUACUUUAUUCACUAGUACUGUGUCCUAUAGCAAGGCCAAACAGGCUCUUAGUGUUCAACUCAUUUUAUUCUUAGUUAAAUGAAGCUCGACGUGCUUGGCUCGACUCUCUAAACCUAGCCUGUAUGUGAAUAUUAUUAGAUGAGGUGCUAUAUGUGUAGCGCGAUUUGUAAAGGCAGUACUCUUUGCUUUUCAGAUCAUCUUAUUUGAUAAACAUCUGUAAUACUCUUACAGCACUUCUACUUGAGAUGUUUCUAUGAUCUUAGAGAUUUAAAUGUAGCCAUUGGAAACCUGUACAUCAACCCCCGACUUUCUCCUUCCUCCCAACUCUCUCUCUCUCUUGGAUAACCUGAAUUUUCUCUUUUUUUUUCCAUUUCAAAAAGGUAUAGUUACAUAGGCAUUUACUUCAAAAGCCAAUUUUGUAGGGGUGUAUAUUUUAAUUUCUCAAACUUAUUGCAAUCCAUGUUAAGAAGUGCUCUCUAGUUAUUACCCAUGAGGAUCAUGUGCCUCUCACACCUACCAAUAAAAUGUCACUACCAUCCCAAGAAACACACUCUCAAGAGCAAGCAAUCCACUACUCACAGCUUCUUAAGAAUCUAAUGAAAUAAAUGAGCUCCUCCAAACUCCCAUAAUAAGUUACCAAUCACUUCUUUGGAAUGCUUACAAAUAUCUUUUGGUCUCUUCUCAUAAAUCUAACCAGAGGAGUACAGGAACUGGCUUCUCUUCAUAUGGCAGCAGAAGCACUUUCAAUCUUAGCACUUCUCCUAGCAGCUUGUAUGCUGACUGCUGCUCUCUCUUUGCAACUCAACUUCUAUCAGAAUUCAUGCCCCAGAGCUGAGGCCAUAGUUCAGCAAGUAGUCCAGCAGCAUUUUCAGCAGAACUCUUCUGUCCCCGCUGGCCUUCUUCGCCUUCAUUUCCACGACUGUUUCAUUAGAGGAUGCGACGGUUCUGUUCUUAUAGACAGCACCGACGACAGCAUAGCCGAGAAGGAGGCUCCUCCGAACCUGACGCUACGAACAUUCGACGUAAUCGACGACAUAAAGGCCGAGCUCGAGAAGGAGUGCCCGGGGGUCGUGUCGUGCGCUGAUGCACUGGCGCUGGCAGCCCGAGAUGGGGUCGCGCUGGCGGGAGGGGACUUUUAUGAUCUUCCCACAGGGAGGAGGGAUGGAACUGUAUCAAACAUGGGGGAUGUUCAUAUCCCUAGUCCCCUCUUCUCAGUUGAGCAAGCCCUAUCUGCUUUCCAAAGCAUUAAUCUUGAUUUGGAGGAUCUCACUACACUGCUUGGUGCUCAUAGUAUGGGAUUUUGCCACUGUGGCUUCUUCAUAGAUAGGCUCUAUGAUUUCAGAGGAACAGGUGUAGCUGACCCAAGAGUAGACCCAAACUUGUUGACUACACUCCAACAAAAAUGUCCCCCACAUUUAGUAACAAUUGAGAACAUUACCCAAGACAUCACAGUGUUCAUGAACCAAUUCUCCACCACAUUCCACUUCAGCAACUCUUUCUACCACAAUGUGCUUAACGAGAAAGCACUUCUCCAGCUAGAUCAAGAUUUGGCUUUCACCGACUACACGAGCACGUUGGCGUCGCAGUACGCGAACGAUGCCGUGCUUUUCAGGAAGCGCUUCUCGGAGUCGAUGAUCAAGCUUGGGAGCGCGGGCGUGCUGAUGGGACGGGACGGAGAGAUCAGGACGAAUUGUCGGAGGGUGAACAACGCCACGUCGAUUAGCUCAGGCGCGAAAUUGAGUGCACCAUGAACUAAUUUUAGUUUUUUUUUUUUUUUCGAUCUUGUUGUUUGUGUAGGGACUACAAUUUUGUAUUGGUUUUCAAAGAAAGGAACCGUGCAUGCGCAUGCAUCACUUGUUCUCUAUGUUAAACAAUCGCCUUUUUCUAAAAUCUUAUACUACAAUGAUUGAGCUCAAGUAAGAA